GGGCGGGCGGCCCGCCCCAAUGGCGGCGGGGAGCGGGCCCUGGCCGUAAGCGGCGCGGACAAGGGGGGCUCGGCCCUGCGGGCCGUUCCCGGCACGGAGGGAGACGUGCGAGGCGAGGCUGAGGAGGCACGGGCUGGCUGCUCUGCUCUGCUCUGCUCUGCUCUGCUGUGCCGGCGGAGCCCGCCGGGCCGGGCCCUAUGGCGGGCCACUUGAACCACCGCUCCCUGUGGGCUCUGAGCGGUGAGCAGGGAGAAAUGAAGAGAAAAUGGCAAGAAAGACUGAAGAAAGUGGAAGAACUAGCAUCUCAUUAUGAAAGAAAUCCUCUUCCUACAGUUUAUAAACCAAGACUGUCCAAGCCCUCUAUGCCAUCCUCUGUUUGGAAAAUAUUUUCUCGACAGGCUGAAGCUUUUAGUUAUGUAAAAACCUGCAAUGAGGAUGUUCACGUGUUUGCUUUGGAAAAAAACACCCAGAGUGGACAGAGGUUUUACCUUGUGACAACGUAUAAAGAGCUUUGGUUUUAUUACACCAAAGAUUGCAAAACAAGUCUUAUGCAUUGCUAUGAAGUAAUUCCUGCAAAAGAUGCUUGCAAACUUUAUUUUGAUUUGGAGUUUUACAAACCAGCAAAUCCUGAUGCAGAUGGCAAGAGUAUGGUCAAGAAGUUAAUUGAGCUUGUCAGCCAAAAAUUAAAAGAACUUUAUGAUGUAAAUUGUUCAUCAAAAGAUGUCUUGAACUUGGAUUCCAGUACUGAAGAAAAAUUUAGUCGGCACUUAAUAUUUCUACCCCAAAAGACUGUAUUUAAGGAUAAUGCUCAUGUUGGUAACUUUGUGAGAACCAUUUUGCAGCCUGCCAUAAGAUUAAUGGAGAGUAGAGCUGCUGUGAUUCCAGCAGAGGAAGCAGGGCAUGUUUUCCAGUGUUCUGCAGGAGUUGGAUUAGAUGGCUGUCUUACAAACCUCACAGCUGUUGAAGAUGAUUCUAAAGACUGGCCAGCCGCUGCUCAUGAAACAAAGGAUAUGGAAAUGCCACACCAGGGAGAAAAUUUGGAUUUUUCCUUCCUAAUAGUAAACAAUAAAGAAGGCAACCAGCAGCUUUUUGUGGAUCUAGGGGUUUAUACAAAGAAUAGAAAUUUCCGGAUGUAUAAGUCAUCAAAAGCAGGAAAAAAUGUGAUUCUGAAGAUAGCAGAGGAUAAUAAGUUUAUCCCCAAGUGUGAAAAGGAUGUUUCCUUGGAAGAAGCAUAUUUUCUUUCCUCUUUAAUCUGCAACAUUGGAGCAAGUGAUGACAUAGAAGUUCUGUCAUCUGGCUUUUCAGAGGAGGAGAGAAAAAUAUCUGCUUUUUUAAACAGUAAAACUAACAGAAGCAGCAGAGAUCCCAUGGAAGGUUACCAGGGUUCGCCAUACCCAGAAAUCGAUAAUUUUGUUCGUUCUUUGGUUAAUAAAGAUGGGCUACAAGGAGGGAUACGACAGUGGAGUUACUUCUCUCUCAAAGAACUACUUAUUUAUGAUAUUUCUGGUUACCGUUGGUGUGAAAAUAUCGGAAGAGCUCACAAAAGUAACAAUAUAAUGAUUCUGGUAGAUCUAAAGAAUGAAGUCUGGUAUCAAAAGUGUCACGAUCCUGUCUGCAGAGAACAGAACUUCAAAUCACAAAGUUUUCCAUUACCGCCUGGGAUAUGCCUCCCAUCUCUUUUCAAAGAGGAAGAAGAGUCCACGCUAAUGGAUGACAGGGGGAACACAGAAGGAAAUGUAAAUCCACAUCCUAGUGCGUCAGACUUGUCAAAAAGCUCAGUAUCUCCAGAGAACAGCUGGUCUCAAGACUUCCUGUUUGCAGACAGUGAGUGGGAAAACACAAGUGAUGAUGCCUGUUUCCAAGAAGCUGCUGAAGAUGUGGAACUAGCUGAAGCUGCAGAUGAUAGUCUGAAUUAUGCUAUGGAAGAAAUCCCGGAUGAAGUUCUUCUGGAAGCUUUAAGGAAAGAGGAUCUCUACACUAAAGAAGGCAGCUAAGCACAGGCCUGGCCAGCAAUGAAUGACACUUGUGUGGCGCUGGUGUGAAAGGUCCUGCGGGGUAGUUCACAAGCACCACUCCAGAGCUGUAGGAUGAAGAAUGGAGUGCCUGGGUGAACUGCAGCAGGCCUGAGGAGAUCACGGAAGAUUACGUGGGGGGCUGAAGAGAACUAGACUAAAAACUCAUCAUGAAUGCUGCUCCAAGCUUAGCACUUUUAGCACUCUUUGCUGUACAGUUUCUAUUAUUUGUAUGUCCAAGUUUUAUUGAGAAGCCAACAAAACAGACUUCUUAUUUCCAUAUAUGAGAUGAAGUAAUAUAUUUCAAAUGCAGAUUCAAUAAAAAGAUUUGUUUAUUCA